AUCUUCAAAAAUCAUCCUCGUUUAUCUAUUUUAAGAUGAAAAAUGUCUCUCAAGUCUCGGUAGCCGUUCUACUUAUCUUCUCCAUUCUUGUGUUAGGAAUAGGAGUCCAAGGAAAAGUACCGUGUCUUUCGCGUAUGUUUAAUAAAAAUAAUACGUGUUCUUUCCUAAGAUGUGAAGCUAAUUGUGCACGGAAGUAUAAAGGGUAUGGUGAUUGCCGUCCAGGAGACAGGCCACACGACAAAAAAGACUCGUUGUUUUGUUUCUGCAAUUAUCCUUGUUAAAAUUUAAAACACCUAAGGAGUGCACAUACAUUUUACCUCCAUGCCUUUUUAACUUUUUUGUAUUUACAGUAAAAAUCAAACCAUAUUUAUAAUAAGUGUUGUAUUGUAAUAUAAUAAACCAUAUGUUCGGAAUUUAUGGUCUGACGGUUUGUACUAGUGAAUUCUUACCAAAUUCUAGUAAAGAAUAAAUUUUGGUAAUUUGCGUUUAUAUAUCGUAA